CGCUGCCUCCCUGAAUAGAGUGAACACUCUUCCUCCGUGCGUCAGGUGGGACUGCACAGGGGAUUCGGAGGACUGCACCGGAGGUGAGGCGGCAUCACUGUCCACAUAUUUCUACUAAGAUUUAUGAUAAGACAGAGAAACCAUGUCUUCUCUCCGAAUACACCGAGAACUACCCGGUCUACAAUUCUUACCUGCCCAGAGAGUCCUUCAAGCCCAAGUGGGAGUACCAGAGAGGGUCGAUACCGAUGGAAGGCCUGACCACAGCCAGGAGAGACUUUGCGCCUCACAAGGUGCUACCAGUGAAACUCCACCAGCCUGACCGGUACGUCCCAAGUGAAGAGAACAUGGAUUUGCUCACGACGUAUAAGCAAGAUUUCAACCCUUAUCAUGUUGGCCGCGUGGACCCCAUCAAACCUCGGGACAGUAAAUAUCCCUGUGCUGACAAGAUGGAGUGUCUGCCUACUUAUAAAGCGGAUUAUAUACCUUGGAACCAGCCAAGACAAGAGCUUGUCCGUCCGCCACACAACUACCGGCCAGCACCCAAGUUUGACAGCAGAACCACACACCAGGAUGACUACCCAAUGAAGGGCCUUGUGAACACCAGGAGCUGUAAACCUCCAGCCGUGCCAAAGCUCUGUAACAUCCCCCUGGAGGAUCUGACUAACUACAAGAUGAGCUACGUGCCCCACCCUGUGGAGAAGCGCUUUGUGCACGAGGCAGAGAAGUUUAGACCCUGCGAUAUCCCUUUUGAGAGCCUCACCACCCACAAAGAGUCCUAUCGGGGGCUGGUAGGGGAACCCGCUAAGACCCUGAAGCCUCCAGCCAGGGGCCCUGGGCUAGACAUGCCUUUCUCUAACACCACAGAGUUUCGAGAUAAGUACCAAGCCUGGCCCACGCCCCAGGUGUUCUCCAGGGCUCCGGUCACCUAUGCCCCUCCUGAAGAGAAGAUGGACUUUCUGACAACGGUCCAAUCCCACUACACCUGCCCUAAGGGCACCCCUGCUCAGUCCUGCCGGCCGGUACGCCCCAUUAGGAAGAGCAGCCGCUUUGAAAGCUCCACCACCACCAAAGAAGAUUAUAAGCAGUGGGCCAGCACACGGACAGAGCCGGUCAAGCCCGUUCCCCAGCUGGGCCGUCCCACUGAGCCCUUGGACUGCCUGACCACCACUCAGGCCUACUAUGUGCCCCACCCACCUGUCAGUACCAAGAGCUGUAAGCCCAUCUGGUCUGCCCCGCGAGGGAAUAUUCCCCUGGAGGGCCAGACCACCUAUACCAUCAGCUUUACUCCCAAAGAAAUGGGCAGGUGCCCAGCUUCAUACCCUGAGCCCCCUGGCUACGUCUUUGAGGAAGUGGAUGCUUUGGGGCACAAGAUAUACAGGCCAAUUUCCCAGACAGGCUCUGGGCAGUACGGCCAUCUUUCUGUAGGUGAUGCAGAAAACCCUAACCAGAGGGAGUUGGCAGUAUCGGCCUGACUUUAAAAAUUGUUAUUUAGAAGUUGCACAAUACUUUUAAAAGCAGAUGAUGGAGAAUUAUUCGUAGGACAGAAGAAUUCCCCGAAGUGAGGAAAAACAAACAACUUCAUCACCAAUUGUAGGACACGUAAUAAAAUGGAAAUCACUCGAGCCAA